AAAAUAAAUAAAAAUGAUUUAAAAAUAAAAAGAUACUAGAAAUUACCGGGUAUCAAGUCUUUUAAACUCCAUAAGUCCCAUUUCUUUUAAAAUAAUACAAUUUCUUGAUCAUCCUACACUGUUCUGGGUUUGAUUCCUUCCUUUCUUUUUGCUGAUUUUAAUUUUUAAUUGAGAGUUAAGCUCCCAAAACCUAUUCUUUCUUCAAAUUUUUUCACAUUUUUGUCUAUUUUUUUGCCUGUGACCGAGCACUUGAGGUUCACGAUCUGUGGCGAAGAGCAAACAAUGGCCUACAAGUGCGGCCACUUCUCGCCACGCUCGGCACAUUACCUGGAACUGCGAACAAAAAACGGGUACAGAAGAGAUAUCCACCCUGGGGGCUAAAAAAAAAAAAGUGCGAAAGGCUUUCUCCCAGGGCCUAGAAAUUCUAAUUUUUCUGAUAUUUUUUUCAUCCAUGAAUGAUAAAAGAAAGCGUCGAGGGUCGCUUCUUUGAAUGUGUCUUUAAUUUUCUUUAAUUUCCGUCAACUCAUUGCUGGCUAUAUAAACUGGCCGGGAUUGGGCCAAAAUCGAACAGUCGGCGCAGAGCCAGUGUGCGAAAUGAAAUACAACGCUAUCAUUGUGGUCUUUGGGUUGCUACUUGGCCAGUCUCUGGCCGAGAAGAAGGACUCUGCCGCCUCCCUGCCGGAGAAGGAUCAGACCCGCCUGGCCGGGAUUUUCGUCAAGGACGGUAAUGAGAAUGGCCAGUUGAGAUUCCUGGCCUCCGGACUCACCAGCAGCAGCUCCAGCUCCACCAACAGUGGCCUCAACUCGGCCCUGAACCAGUACAUUACCAACAAACAGGACAUGCUGGAGCAGCUGCGUCCUUCCUCCAGUUCGUCCUCCGGAUCGGGAACCAGCACAGUGACGGGAACAACCACGGGAACUGGCACCACCACUGGAACCACAACUGAUAGUGGGAUAGUAACCACCACAGCCAAUGGAGCCAUCUACGUGAAUCUGGGCAACUCGGGAUCAUCAUCCUCCUCCUCUUCGUCCUCCUCCUCCUCCGCCAACAAUGCGGCCAUCAACCAAGUGAUCUACGGCUCCUCCCCGAUCGCCUCUCUUCUGCCGCAAAUUGUCGGCCAGGCGGCUGGUUCCACUCGCAUUCGUCCCGGCCAGGUUAACAGGAGACGGGUGGUGGCCAACGGUGGUAAUGGUGGCAACCGGAGGCGUCGGGUCAACAAGAGGCGUGGCAACAUCAACAACAACAACAUCCGCCGUCGCCGGCGUCGCGGCAACAAGAAGGGCAAGAACAAGAAGGCCCAAGUGAUGGUCGUUCGUCCGAAUCGCGGCUGAAAAAAAAAAAAACGCGUUUUGAGCCACUUUUCUUCCUCAUCCUUCCCUUUCCCUCCCUCUCCCCCUUCCUCUCUAACUUUUAAGCAAAAUUGUAAUUUUUUUUUUUCAAAAAACCAAGACAAGCAAUUUUUUUUUUUAUAAACGAUUAUUAUUAUUAUUAGUAUGCGAGAAGGCAACUUAAUUUAUUUAUUUAAAUAAUUGAAAGCAAUUACACUGAGCAACAAGAGGAGUACUUUUUUGGGGAGGGGUUUUGGGGAUUACAUUUUGG